UGUUGGCCUGAAAUACUGUUCAGUUACAAAUCCCGCUUGCGACCUGAAGAGCGGCCCACGUGUUGAAUUUUGCCGAAACGAUCCAAACUUUCAAGUCCUUGGUUCGAUCAUUAUGGAGCCCGUCAAGGUCUUUUGGGGACUGGUUCUCAAGCCUGAGAAGAGAUACCAACAAGUCGCUGAGGAAAAUUUCCACAUUUCUAAGGCCUGCCUGGAGCCUUCGUCGGCCGGAAAAGGCAUCACCUCUGUCUACAUCGAGGUGGACAAUGACGAAUUCAUCGUUUGCAAUCUUACCAAAGAGGGUGUCAUGAGUGAUAGUCUGGACUUGAACUUUGUGGCGGGCGAGAAGAUUUGCUUUCGGAACGUGGGCACCGGAACCGUUCAUUUGACGGGUUACUUGAUGCCUGAUGAGGAGGAGAUGCCCAGCUUCUUCGACGAAGGCGAGGAGGAAGAGGAAAGCGAAGAAGAAGAAAUGCCCGCAUUGACCGAAGUAGGGAGCGGCAAGAAGAACAAGCGGAAAAUGCUCGAGAUGCUGAAUGGGGGAAAAGCCUCCAAAAAGGCCAAAGCUAUUGCCAUGGAUGAAGGAGGUGACGACGACGACGACGACGACGAAGAUGUCGAAGAGGCCAUCAAGAAAGCCGUACUCAUGAAAAAGAAGAUCAUGAAGACCUCGAAGAAAAUGGAGCAAGAUGAAGACGACGACGAUGAUGAUGAUGAUGAUGAUGAUAAUGAUGAAGAAGACGACGAAGAGGAGGAUGACGACGACGACGACGACGACGAAGAUGGCGAGGACGACGACGACGACGAGGAGGAUGACGAUGAACCCGUGGAAAUCAAAUCGGCCUCAAAUGGAAAGGCUGCCAAGAAAUCUCCGGAGAAAACGCCUAAGAAAUUGGCCGGUGAAACACCCGGUAAAAAAAGUCAAGAAGAGAAGACUCCGAAGAAAACGCCAGGAAAAGAAAAUGGUGCGGCCGGUGGAGUAAAGACACCCAAACGUACCCUCAAAGGCGGGAUUCAAGUUCAAGACAUCAAAAUAGGAUCUGGCCCAGAGGCCAAGCGCGGAAAGCACGUGGGCAUGCUAUACGAAGGGCGUCUGGCCACCAACGGCAAGGUUUUUGAUGGUAAUUUCAAAACCCAAAAGCCGUUCAAAUUCCGUCUGGGUGGGGGAGAGGUCAUCAAGGGCUGGGAUGUCGGGGUCGAAGGCAUGAAGGUGAAUGGUGUCCGUGAGCUGAUCAUUCCCGCUAAAAUGGGGUAUGGCGCCCAAGGAGCUCCCCCAGAUAUCCCCCCAAAUGCCGUACUCAAGUUCAAGGUCGAGUGUAAAUACGUCAACUGAGCCAAAUCUACCACCAAUGUCUAUCUCACUGUGACCACCGUAUUGAUCAGAGAAGAAUAUCAUGAUUACACGAUCCUUGUACUUUAAAUUGUCACUUCAUCGCCUCGUGUUAAUCCAAUCUAAUGCGUUUGAUUUCCUGAAAGAUCCCAUGUUCUUUUUGCUCUCAUCAAGUGCUGUGAAUCAGUUUAAAUCUGUUCAGCACCCCUUGUCCUGAACAUCACAGUAGAUUAAAAACACCUAGAUGCCUUCUCUCAUACAGUUGUUCGAAUGUUCAUUCGACUUUCGUCUCGUGUAAAUAAUGGAAAAGUGUUUUGAUGUAGGCAAUAAAUAAUGUUUCAGACUC